CGACUUUUACAUUUAUACUACGUAUCCGAACGUGUUUUAUCAUCCACCGUUGUCAAAAAACUCAUAUUGUGAUUGUCGAGCUGUCAACUGCCACACUGAAAUGCACUGUAGUGUUUUGAAAAAUAUCCACACCUCGUCUCAAAACAAAUUCAAAAUUCUGUAAAAUCUCUUGUAAAUAAAGAAGUACACAAUGAAUUUUGGUGGAACGUUAAGAGUAAAUAAAUUUGCGUGUUUCACGUUAGGUUUUAUAUUGUUUUUAAUAAUUUAUUGGCGAAGUGGGAAUGCUGGAUUUCCUUUGGAGAAAAGUGAUCUUAUUAACUUAAAAAGCUUAUUAAAGGCGUCAAUCCAAGCCGCUGAGAUGGGUGGGAAGAAGGUGUUAGAGGGAAAUAGUCACGAACUGAAUAUUAAAAGUAAAGGUAAAACGUUGGAAGGUGUAAAUGACCCGGUGACCGAUGCAGACUAUGCCUCACAUUGCGCAAUGUACUACAGCUUAAAGAACACGUUUGAGAAGUUGACGGUGGUGUCUGAGGAGCAUUCAAAGAGUGGUUCAGGCUGUGAAAACCAGCAAAUGUUAGAUGUAGACAAAACAUUGCCAGGAAACAGUAUAAUAGAGUAUUUGAAUGAUGAAUUAGUUUAUAUGAAGGAUGUUACAGUAUGGAUUGACCCCUUGGAUGCGACGAAAGAAUAUACAGAGGGCCUGUACCAGUAUGUGACCACUAUGGUGUGUGUAGCCAUCAAAGGGGUGCCCGUCAUAGGCGUGAUCCACUACCCCUUCCUACCGCGCACUUACUGGGGCUGGUUCACUAAGAAACCAUCUGCCAACAUGCCUAUUGUGCCACAUAAAGAGGAAAACAAGGAACACCCCAGAGUUGUGAUCUCUCGCUCACAUCCUGGGAAAGUGGAGGAAAUAGCGAAAGCAGCGUUCGGGCCGAAGACCACAGUCUCCAUGGCAGCGGGCGCUGGAUACAAGGUGAUGGAAGUGGUGAACGGUACCUACGACGUGUACCUGCACGCCACUGCGAUUAAGAAAUGGGAUUUGUGCGCGGGCGACGCAAUCAUUAAGUCAGUGCAUGGUAAAAUGAGCACGAUAAAAGGUGAAGCUAUAGACUACUCGGCAGACAGUGAUGUGAAGGUCUCUGGAGGGAUCCUGGUGACCAGGUUCGACCACGAAUACUACCAGGACAAGCUGCCUGUACAACUGGAUGGUGUACAUUAACACGUGACAUGUGUUGUGUGACUGAUUUUGAUAAUGUUGUUAUACAUUUAGGGACCGUUUCACAAUACCGGAUUAGACAUCUUGUUAGUCUUAACUGAUGAAUAAUUAUUUGACGAUAUGUGUCAGUUAGCCUUUCGACAAACUAAUCCGACAUUGGGAAACUGGCCUCUAAUAUAAGUUGGAAGUAUUAGGCAUAGUUCGCACCAAACGCAUUGGCCGCCGCC